AGGUGGAUGGUGGCUAACAAUGAAAUACAAGGUAUGCAUUUUGUUCCAUUUGGGACUCGUCAGCAGGGUGUACCUGCAUCCCAGAUUUGAUGUGCUAGCUUCGAGUCCCAGAGUGAACAUUAACUCUGGUAUACAGGCACAUCCAGUUGACGAGUCUUAAGUAAAACGUGGUGCUUGUCGAGGCAAUCUGCACAGGAUCCACAUAUUUUAAAAAGAGACAGAUCAAUUGGAGAUAUCAACAUCAAUGUGAAGAUUCAAACAAUCGAUACGAAUAAGAAAAUGUAUGAGCAAUCAUAGAUGAUAUCAUUUACAAUCUCUCACUAUUUGUUAUGUUUCACAGUGGCUUAUAAAUGUGUAUCCAUAUACUCGGUCCGGUCCAGUGGCUGAUGCGUUUUUUCUACUAAAAUAAUCUCCUAACUUUCUAAGCGCUACGCCUUCAUUUUUAUUCAAAAAAAUCUUAUCAUGUAGGCGUUCAGCUGCGGUAAAAGUAUUUUUUUAUUACUGUAAUAACUUGAAACAUGACUGGUUUGUUAAGGUUGUGACUUGAGUUAAUUACUGAUCUCUAUAACUGUGAAUUACAUUUGUCUGUCUCCUACAGAAUACAACGGAACAGGACUGCUUUUGUUGACGCAAUGAAUAAAAUAAAAUUGUAGAAUGGAUUGAUUUAUUCGCCAACCACUAAGUAAGUGACAUUCAGGGUUCAUAAACUACCUAUCAUUUUAAAUGUUCUGGUCAAUAAUAAAUGUGAAUGUAUUGAACUAGUAGUUAAGUCAACUGUCUAAUAUCUGCAUAUAAAAUUUGUAGUAUAAAUGAAUUCACUGAGAAAUAUAAUUCACCACUAAAUUAUCUGUUUGUUUUAUUCUUGACAAGUACCAUAAUACCUGUUUUUAUUUGUAAACGGCUCGUAUUUUCCAUCUGCUAAUAUUAAGUUAUGAAAAUAAUUAGUUUGUGUUGAUAUAUAUGCACCCUGAGCAGAUAGGUUCAGUAUUAUGAUUUACAAAACUUACAAAGUCCACAUAGGACACACAUUCGUCCCAUUUUAGACUCAUCAACUGGAAUGUAUUUGGAUCCCAGUACCAAUGUUCAUGCUGAAUGAGACUCAGUUUCUUAGUGGACAACGGGUUUGUGUUCGGGACUAAAUACAAUGGGUUCGGGUCGUAGUUUCAAUAUAAGCACUGUGAUACUGGUACAUUCAGGCACCUGCAGUGUUGAUUCACUCGGUCCAAUUACCGGGUUACAAUUUGGCAUGGUAGGUACAUUUAAUAGCUCAGGUGGACAAUGUUGUUUUGUUCGAUGGUUUAGUUAAGCUGUCUACCUCAGAGGAUGAAAUACCAAAUUGCAACCUGAUCGAUAGAAUUUGAUUAACAAUAAAGGAAUAUACAAGCAUGAAACCAGGCACUUUUAAGUGAUUGAUCAAUUCUAAAUAUUGUAGUCCACUAGGAGAUCAGCCGUGAUCCAAAUAUCUGAGUGAAAAUGUCUCAGACUGGGACGCUGGGUAAUCGUACAAGGCGCAUUGGUCACCUGAAGCUCGCAGUUGCAACAGUCCCAGGAUUUCCCGUCGACUACCUUCAACCACACGGCAUUUUUUUGUUCUAAUUUAUAGAUAAUGCAGUAUACAUAACGGUUUUAAAGAAUAACUGCACAAUAUAUCCACAUGAACAGCCUGCUUCCUAAAAUAAGUUUCAGAUCAUUGUAUAGUAUUCUUGAGUAAAAAUGAAUUUUUCCGACCCGGUAAAAUUUUGCUGCAAUAGUAAUAUUGAAAAUUGAAAAUACAGUCGAUCUAAUCAAGUUUUAUAGAUUUUAUAAUACUAAAAAUACGACAGUGACUAAAUUGUACGUAUCUUCAAGAUCCGUUUAAUACAAUGUCUUUCUUCCUAAAGCUUUUUAUAAGACUGAUCUCUAGAUAAUUGUAAACAGUACUGUUGUUGACCAGGAAAAUACAUGGAAUAAUUAUACUUAGCACUAGCUGUGAUUAUAAAUUUUAUUAAUCACAUAAGCAUUCAGUACAACUAAACACUUAUAUAGAAUGUGAUACAUCAAAACAAAACAACAGAUUUGUUGAGGAAGUAGUCGUAUAAUUAAUAAAGAGAAAUAAACAAGUAUAGGUUGAUGGAUAAAGCAUAUAAUUUUGUUUAAAUUUGAAAAAGAUAAGUUUCAUUUAAUUUUAGAGUAUUCAUGUUACUUAUGUGAGGGAUGUAAUAAGAAUAAUAGCAUUAUUGUUACUAGUUUUCAUUCUGAACAAUAUCUAGUACACAUCUUAAUACAUUGAAUAGUAUAAUCUCUAUAGUAAUCCAAUCAGUGCGUUAUAGUGAACUAAAUAGGAGUAUUAGUCCCAAACAUCUAUCUUUUAUUCUAAAUCAAUAAUGAUAAUGAUUAGUGCAAAAGAGAACGUUUAUUAUAAAGAUUUUAAUUGAGUAUAUUUAUUAGUGUAUUCUAGACAAAAGUUUUAUGUGUAAUGACACAAUGUAUAAUGUUUUUUUUACAGCUAAAUACGAAUUGUAAAUCAUAUUUCUAUCUUCUUGGAACUAGAUAUAAACACAAUACAGAAUGGUACUAAUGUCGAAUAUACUUUACCCAAGAAUUAGAGCUUCCUAUAAUUUAUAAUUCUUAACAUUAAUCAUACAGUAUUUUAAAGCAUGUGCAAAGUCUUGUUUCUACAGUUGAAGAGGGAUUUGAGUAAAUGCUCAAUCGGUAAUUAUUCGUGCAUUCAAUGAUGAUGUAUAUUUUAGUUUGACCAGUGAUUGGGAAGAAAAAUAUACAAAAUUCAAUAUUGUUUAUGAGUAGUCGAUUAAUCAUUUACGGAUUCCAUAAUCCAUUUGAAUGACUAGCAUUUACUUUGAAUGAAGUUAUAAAUUGCGUUUGGAACUGGGUGUCACUGAAAUACAGGAUGUAUACAUGAUUGUCUAUUGGACUCAACUGAAUAUUCUUUCCUUAUUUUUUUAAUUUUUUUUUGUUUCCCCAAUUAUUUCUUUAAAUACUAGACGGUUAAUUAUCUAUAUAUGUUAGGCUACGGACUUACGGUGGACUACUCGCCAUUUAACAGAUAUCGAGUAUAAGGAUUUUCUAUUUUUCAUAUUUAUCAAUUGUGAACAGAUAACUUGGUAUUGCUUAUGGUUGUUAGCAAUAGAAUUUCGAGAUUACUGUCUCAUCUUACUGAUUAUUCUACAAUCUUUACCUGACUAUGUCAAAAGUUUCCAUCUUAUUUUAUUUUCUCUAUUCUUUUUUAAAGCAUUGAAUCUUAGUUUUGAGGUUUAUUUACUUUAAAAAUGUCAGAAGUUGUAUAUUUCUUAAAUCAAUCACUAACUACAUGUUCAUUUAGAGUAUAAUCCACGACUGAUAAAUGAAAGUCUAUUUGUGACUGAAAAUUAUUUUAAUUUUUUACGAAAUGGUUUUUUUUCAAUAAGCGAUUAAUGAAUUUUAUUCUAGUUAAAGUCAGAUUAUAUCAUGAAAUAACAUUAAUUGAGGGACCUUGGAAAACUAUAGAGAAGGCUCAAUAACUGCCUUUCCUUGGCUUUAAAUUUGUUAACAGUCUGCACUAGUUGUACACAGAUUCGACUCCAUGAUUUAAGUUAUCGAUUUGGCUACGGAACUUGAAGCUUGUCGGUGUAAAUCACUCUUAGUUGAUCUAAAUGUCUUCACAACUUAAUUUCUGUUGUAGUCCUGAUUCAUUAAUGCUCAAUUUUGUAUUGAUCCUUAGAUAAAGGUUAUCGUUAAUAAACUAAACCGAUAACUUGUUCAUGACAAUCGAAUUGCUUUGACUUAUUCAAUUUCAGCAUAACUAAGUGCAUGUUUUUUCUACAUCAUAUCAGAUAAAAGACAGAAAAAUUCUAAAUGAUUGUUUAAUACAAUUAUGGCUGAAUGACAAGACGAUGUUUGAAAGCAUGAAGUAAACAACAAAGAACAAAGAUAGAAAUACAGUUGACCAAAAAUUGAUUUAAUUAUGUUGACACACAUAAUUUGAUCAAUAUGUGAGAUUUUUUCCGGACAAAUAUACCAUUCGCUUAUAGUUAUUGAGUUUUUGUAUAAAUGUAGUGUACAACUUUGGUUUUGUAUUAGAUCCUAUGUUUCAAAAUGAAGCAACUAACUAGUAUCUAAUUUCAUAAAUGUACACAUUUAGUAAUAAGCAAAAUAGUUUUUUUUUUGAAUUCAAGCAAUCAAUGUGAAUGUCUUAUGGUAUACUUCGAAGAGAAAAUAUCCACUGUUUUCUGUCAGCACUUUUUAAAGUAUCUAAUAUCAACCUGUGAAAUAACCUCACUAUCCUAAAAUAAGAAAACACCAGUUACUUCUAGUUUUAAGCAUCAACUUCCAAAAAUUAUACUUUAUCUAAUAAGUUUUAAACAUCGAUCGACUCACUGAGUCAUGUUUAUUCAGUCACUUUUAGAUCUAGUUGAAUUCUAUUGAUUGACUUGCAGUACUGACCACCAGUUAAGGUGAUUUGACAUCGCAUACAUUAUGUUUUGAUUUUAAGAAGUUGGAGGUAGUCAGCUGAAAAUCCUGAACUUAGGUUUUGUGCUAAUUGACACUUGCCUAGUAUAACAUACCUUCAAUUUUAAACCAUCUAAUGCUUCCUGGUUGAUUCAUACCUGGAUCAUGCUUGACAUCUUAGUUUUAGUUAUAUCCUUGAGUGCAUCAUAGAGAAAGCAGUUGGAAACGUUUCAGUUCCAACCUUUUUUUUCAUAGACUUAUUUAUUUGAUGAUAAUACUGAUUGGCAAUUUACAAUGUGAUUAAAUGAAACGGUUAUCCAAUAUUCUCGUUUUUUCACCAGUUUACUAGUGUUGAUUUUAUUUUUGAAUUUUUUAUAUACCAUUAUUAUUGUUCAAUUAUGUCUUGGUUUAUGUACCUGUUAGUGUCUUUGUAACGAAAGAAAACUUAGAUGGGGAUAACCAAUUUAUUGUUUAACACAAAAUUACAGAGCUCUUUUGUAAACUGUGAAAACCAUGCAUCAAAUACUUCGUUUGCAAAUCCUCCACCAAUUGUCUCAAACUUCUUCAUUCCUUCAUUGAUAUUACAACUACUCUCUGUUCCUGUUCUCUUCUCUUCGAUCUUCUAAACAUUCUGCUGCCAUGCACUUGUGAUUUGUCUGUCAACAUAAGUAGCGUACACUAAAUAUGUUCUAUCGUUCAAUUGUAUAGGUUAUAUAUGGUUAAAAAACAAUGAAAAGCAAUUCAUGAAAGAUAUUUCUAUAUAGACAAUUUCACUUUGGUAAUUAUGUGCAAAUGUUUUGGAGAAAGUGGUAAUCUAGAAUAAUGUUUAUUUAUCUUAAAAAAUGACAAGUGUUUUGGAAAAAAAUUUCAAAUAUAAGACAGCUAUUUGUGAUUUAUUAUUCCAAUUUCAACUAUUAUUAAGGAGUACGCGGGUUCUAAGUUGUCUAGUCAACUUGCAAACACUUUUGACCAUGUAUAAUUUACCAGUUUGAUUAUAUUUUAGUCAGAGAGUUGCAUGAAGCAACCAAUAUUUCGUUAUGUUUUUGUAUUUCAGUGUUGUACAAAAGAAGAAAAGUUUCUAGAAAAUGAAAAUUGAUGUCGGAAUUUAUGUAUUUUUACAACUAUACAAAUGGAUGGAUUACCAGAGUGAAGUGAAUAAAUCGUUUAAAAAAAAGUACUCAGAAAUGAAGCAAAGAAAAAUUAUCCAAUUAAGUAUUGAAAAUUAAUCUCACUAGAAUAGCACAAGAUUUAGAAUUGUAUCCUUUUUAAAUAGAACUUGUACAUUUAGAAAGAUACAAUUGUGUCAAUCUCGUAUACACUAUCCUAGAGUCUAAAUAUAUUGUCAUACCAUAAUGAGUUUUCAACCAGCAUCAUCGUCGUCAUCAUCACCAUAUUAUUCAUCAGAUGUAUCAAAUUCGAAUUAUUUAACUCAUACUAACACUGAUUUAAGCGAUAAUCAUGUUGAUAGAGAAUAUUUUCAGCAAAAAAUUUAUUAUUAUUUGAAUGAAUUACGUAAUUUUGUUCAACAAGCUCCUUUUGAUAUUCAAACAGGAAUUUCGGAAGAUAUGAUCACACAAUUAGCGCAUAUAUUAGCAGAGGGUAAAAUAUUUCCAACAGUUUCUGAGUUAGUCAGUAGUCAACGUGUAGAAGAACAAAUAUUGCAUAAACAAUUGAUUGAUUUACGUGCUGAACAAUCUGCUUGUCGAUCUUCUUUAAGACGAAAACAUAAAGAAGAAAUGUCUAUGAAUGCAUCUCGACCACAUCAUCUACCGGUGUUACAAAAAGAACAUGAACAAGAAAUGCACCGUUUAGUGAAAAAUCAAACUGAUGCUUUACGUAAUCUGUCAUUAAGAAUAUUGGAUUCAUUAGAUGGACGUGUUGUUGAACAACAGCUAACUUUAGAACGUAUAGGUGUCCCAGCAUUUCUUCGAACAACAAAUGCUCAGAUAAUACGUAUUCAAAUGAGAAUAUUAGAUUGGAUUGUACGUUUAAGUCGUCGAUCAUUACCACAAUCUUCAAGUUUAUCGAAUCCUGAAACUAUAUCAUCUACAUGGCCUCCAUGA